CAUUGUCAAUUGAGAUUUGCAUUUGUGUAAAUUUGUUUGUUGCGUAGCGUUGAUUGAGAUCUAAUUUGCAGCGUUUUUCUUAGAAUAUUGUCCUUCUAUGAGUUUCACUGUGUGAACAAAUUUGUUGACAAUGGCUCGGGACAGAAGUCCUGAUAGGCGAAGAUCGCGGUCGAGAGAAAGGCGUGACAGGGAGCGCUACGAUGAACGCGACUCUCAUCGUGAUAAAGGCAAAAGGAGGAGCCCUAGAAAAGAACGUGAGAGAUCACGUAGUCCUGUUAAGAAGGACAGGGAGAGGUCCCGAAGUCCUAGGAAAGACAGAGACCGGUCCAGAAGUCCUUCACGAAAAGAGCGCGGACGUUCUCGGAGCCCUAAGAAACGAGACGGAAAGGAUAGACGAACAGACGAUAGGGAUAAGAAUAGGAGCAGGAAAGAGGAAGAAAACAAACAAGAAGAUGAAGAAAUGCAAGAAGCAAAAAAAGAUGAGCCAAAACCAGUAAAGAGGGAACCUCUAUCUCUUGAAGAACUCCUUGCUAAGAAAAAAGCUGAAGAAGAAGCCCGAAGCAAACCUGUAUUUUUAACAAAAGAACAAAGAGCAGCAUUAGCUUUGGAGAAAAGGCGGGAACAAGUAGAGGCCAUGAGGGCCAAUAUUGACAGGCCUUCUAUAACAACUAUAGACCUCACUGGUUCCAAUAAGAAGGAAGAUGACAAAAAGUACAAAGAAGAUCGUGAUAGAGAGCGAGAGAAGGAGAGGGAGAGAAGGAUGGAGGAAAGAGAGAGAAAAUAUGAGGAAAGAAAAUCUGGCAAUGAUCGCCGAGAUGAUAAAAAGGAUAAGAAUGAAGAUUUCUCCAAAACAAAAGACAAGGAACGUGAAGAAGAAGCCAUAAAAGCUAGAUAUUUGGGCAUAAUAAAGAAGAAACGCCGUGUUCGAAGGUUGAAUGACAGGAAGUUUGUUUUUGACUGGGAUGCCUCAGAAGACACAUCAAACGAUUACAACACUUUGUACAAAGAGAGGCAUCAAGUACAAUUCUUUGGUCGAGGUCAUAUUGCUGGUAUUGACAUAAAAUCACAAAAGAAAGAUCACAGUAAAUUCUAUGGCAAUCUAUUGGAGAAGAGAAGAACUGAGCUUGAGAAGGAACAAGAGAAAUUACGGCUUAAGAAAGUAAAAAAGAAGGAAGAUAAACAAAAGUGGGAUGACCGUCACUGGUCAGAAAAAGACCAGGAUGAAAUGACAGAAAGAGACUGGAGAAUUUUUAGAGAAGAUUACAAUAUUACAAUCAAGGGUGGUAAGAUCCCUAAUCCCGUUCGUUCAUGGAAGGAAGCUGGCUUCCACAAUGACAUAAUGGACAUCAUCAAUAAGGUAGGCUACAAGAGUCCCACACCCAUUCAACGACAAGCUAUUCCGAUUGGCUUGCAAAAUAGAGAUAUCAUUGGUGUUGCUGAAACUGGUUCGGGUAAAACAUUGGCCUUCCUCAUACCUCUACUCACUUGGAUUCAGUCAUUACCUAAAAAUGAGAGGUUGGAAGAUGCGGACCAAGGGCCUUAUGCUAUUAUAUUGGCUCCAACACGUGAGUUGGCCCAACAGAUUGAAGAAGAGACAAACAAAUUUGGGAUUCCUCUAGGCAUAACAUCUGUAGUAGUUGUUGGAGGUCUUUCAAGAGAGGAGCAAGGGUUCAAAUUAAGAUUGGGAUGUGAAAUAGUUAUUGCUACACCUGGUCGUCUCAUAGAUGUUCUUGAAAACAGAUACUUAGUCCUGAACAGAUGUACCUAUGUAGUAUUGGAUGAAGCUGAUCGUAUGAUUGACAUGGGUUUUGAACCUGAUGUACAGAAAAUCCUGGAAUACAUGCCCGUUUCUAACAUCAAGCCUGACACAGAUGCUGCAGAGGAUGCUUCUGUAUUAUUAGCAAACUAUAAUUCAAAGAAAAAGUAUAGACAAACUGUUAUGUUUACAGCUACUAUGCCCCCUGCUGUGGAGCGUCUAGCGAGGAGUUACCUCAGGAGGCCCGCUAUAGUGUACAUAGGAUCUGUUGGUAAACCUGUAGACAGAACAGAACAAGUUGUCUUUAUGAUUGGUGAGAAUGAGAAACGGAGAAAGCUCACGGAAAUUCUGCAGAGAGGAGUCGAACCUCCCAUUAUUAUAUUUGUCAACCAAAAGAAAGGUGCAGAUGUACUUGCAAAGGGUUUGGAAAAGCUGGGCUUCAAUGCUUGCACACUUCAUGGUGGAAAAGGACAGGAACAGCGUGACUUUGCUUUGGCUAGUCUCAAGAAUGGUUCAAAAGAUAUUCUGGUUGCUACAGAUGUCGCCGGUCGUGGUAUCGAUAUUAAAGAUGUUAGUAUGGUUAUUAAUUAUGAUAUGGCUAAGACAAUUGAGGAUUACACACAUCGUAUAGGCCGUACCGGUCGUGCAGGCAAGACUGGUAAAGCUGUGUCUUUUGUGACAAAAGAGGAUUCUGCUCUAUUCUAUGACUUGAAGCAAGUGUUGCUUGCAAGUUCCGUGUCGACAUGUCCGCCGGAACUGAUGAAUCACCCAGAAGCUCAGCAUAAACCGGGAACUGUCGUCACAAAGAAGAGGAGGGAAGAAAUGAUAUUUGCUUAAGUGAAUGUCUAUGUUCUGAUUUCUGAUAGGAAUAAUGUUUUUCUGUUGUAUAAGUGGUCAGCAAAGUUUAUUUUUUGAUGACUCUGUACCUGUUAUAGUCAAGAAUAAUGUAGUGGAUAACCACAAAAUGUCACUGAAAAGAUAAUUAAAAAACGAAUAGAAAAAUA